AUGGCCCCGUGGCCACAACCUCUGAAAAAUGCCGCAAUGGAUCGAUUAUAUAAUACUUCAACUAAUCAUUAUACCUCUAUACGCCUUGAUGAUGCUGAUGAAGCGAUUUUACAGCCUCGUUCAUGGGAGCAGGCCAGUAGUGGCUCGUCAGCAGGCAGAAUUCGGGCCAACCACGGGUCUACCCCGCCAACCACCCCACCAUCACUACACGCCUUUGCCGGCGUCAUCACCAAGGUUCUGUUAGAGCCGUUUGUGCGGCUUAGGUCAGUCUUCAAGAAGGAGUUCGACUUCACUACAUUCCACAAUGUCAUAAACGGAGACUUGAAGACCACCGAAACCACCCGCCAUGCCAUUAACCCCCACACCAAGAAACCCCUGGGUGAAGUUCCUCUCUCUACAGCCAAGGAUGUCGACGACGCAAUUGCAGCUGCGCGUGCCGCUUUCCCCAAAUGGAAGAAGACCAGCUUCGAGGAGCGCGCUAAAGGUCUGAACGGCCUUGCAGCAACUAUUUACGAAUACCAACAGGGAUUUGUCAAGCUCAACGGCUACGAGCUGGGAGCACCGGUUUCGAUUGCCGAAAUUCUUGUCCACAUGGGCACCGGAUGGUUGUCUGAGACUGCGAAGCUCCAUCCCAAGGACGAAGUUGUUGAGGACACCCCAGAACGCGAAGUCAUCGUCCGCUACUUGCCCCUCGGUGUUGCUGUUGGAAUUGUGCCCUGGAACCUACCUCUUUACUGCACAGCCGCGAAGAUAGCCGCCGCCAUCAUCGCUGGAAACUGCAUCAUCAUCAAGCCCUCUCCAUACCCCCCAUACUCUGGCCUCAAGCUUGUCGAGAUGGCCCUUCUGGAGUCGUCCAACUGGCUCCACCGCCACCGGAAAGAAGGUCAUGGAGUCGGCCUCCAAGCCCCUAAGAGAGUCACGCUCGAACUUGGUGGAAACAACGCAGCGAUCAUCACUAAGAACAUCGACGUUGCCACGAUUGCUCCCGCGCUCGCCGGCGUUAUAUUCAGCCACUCGUCUCAAGCGUUCAAGCUUGGCGAGGGCGUUGGCGAGGGCGAGAACGACCCAACUGUAAAUAUCGGACCAGUCCAGAACGAGAUACAGUAUGAGCGUGUCAAGGGAUUUUUCAAUGAUAUCGAGAAGGAGGGAUGGAAGGUGGCCGUUGGCGGCAAGAUUGACGAGAGCCCUGGCCCAAUUCUCCCAAUCUUAUCGUGGUCCGAUGAGGACGAUGUCAUUGCUCGCGCGAACAACAGCAGGAUGGGUCUUGGAGGGUCUGUGUGGUCUAUUGGUUAA